CCACAGUCAAAAAAAUCGAGAGAGACAGAGAGAGAGAGAGAGGGAGAGAGAGAAGAGUCAUAUAUACAGGGGGUACCCAAAAAAUCUGACCAUCUGAGUAUGUAUCUAACUAUCUAUCUAAAUAUUAACCGUGUAUAUAUAUAGCGAUACAAGGUAGGAAAAGCUAGAAAGCGCAUACUUCAGAGCUGAAAAAAAUUGUCUAGUGUGUGCUACUGUGAAAUUUUUAGAGAGAGAGAGAGAGAGAGAGAAAGAAACAGGGAAAUGGGGAGAGGUAGGGUUGAGCUGAAGAGGAUUGAGAACAAGAUCAAUAGGCAGGUGACCUUUGCAAAGAGAAGGAACGGGCUGUUGAAGAAAGCGUACGAGCUCUCGGUUCUCUGCGAUGCCGAGGUCGCUCUGAUCGUCUUCUCCAACCGAGGCAAGCUCUACGAGUUCUGCAGCAACCCCAGCAGCAUGCUCAAAACGCUUGAAAGGUACCAAAAGUGCAACUAUGGAGCACCAGAACCAAAUGUAUCCGCAAGGGAGGCCCUGGAGCUGAGCAGUCAGCAAGAGUACUUGAAACUUAAAGCACGCUACGAAGCCCUCCAGCGAUCCCAAAGGAAUCUCUUGGGUGAGGAUCUUGGCCCCCUUAAUAGCAAGGAGCUCGAGUCGCUGGAAAGGCAGCUUGAUAUGUCAUUGAAGCACAUCAGAUCCACAAGGACCCAGUACAUGCUGGAUCAGCUCACAGAUCUUCAAAGAAAGGAACAUGCUCUUAAUGAAGCCAACAAGACCCUGAGGCAAAGGCUGUGGGGAGGAGACCAAGUAUCACUUCAGUGGAAUCCAAGUGCACAAGAUGUGGAUUACAGCAGGCAACAAUCUGCUCAACACCAGGGUGAUGCCUUCUUUCAUCAAUUGGAGAGUGAACCCACUUUACAAAUCGGAUACCAAACUGAUCAAAUAACAGUUGGAACAGCCGGCCCCAGUUUGAAUAAUUACCUGCCAGGAUGGUUGGCAUGAUGAUCACUAGCUAUAACAGCCAGCCAUGGGUAUGGUUUUAUCAGUCCGUUUAAUCUUGUUCUUUUUUCUUUUGUAUUUUUGUUUGCCAAAAGAAAAAAAAAAAAAAAGUGUUAUGGAUAAUUGGGUAUGGAUCUGUGAUCAGAAACCAAGACAUUCCUCUUAAUUUCUGCAUAUAUAUUUCAAAUAUAAGAACUGUUGCGUGAAUCCUCUUUGGUUCAUUUUAUGAAGAAAAAUUCAUGUGUUUGGGCA